AUGUUUGGGACAUCCAAACUUGGAAAGCCAAUUUUUGAGAUAUGCACUUUAAUCAGCUUGUUGCUGGGUAGAACUUUUUGCCCACCAAAUCUCAAUAUGAUUUCAUUUGGAAAAGAUAAACUCUCGCACAGUAUUUCGGCCAUCAACAACGAAGAUGUAAAAAGAAAAUCAUCAAUUUCGCUUAAAACAACAAAUUUAAGAUCUCUCCUUAAAAACACAACCUCGUUUCUUUUUGGAGAUGGAUCUAUUUCAAGAUCCCUCUCAAAAGUCAGCAAUUUGACCCAGAUUAACAGUGCAAGCCAUGCAAAAGAUCUCACCCCUCAUGAUUUUUUGUUAUCUCAAGAAAUUCCUGAUCUUUCUCCGCACACUAUUCAGCAAUUCCCACCUCACGACAAUGAAGUUCCAGUUGAAUUUCCGGUUGAAUUUCCACGUCUUGGCGGAAAUUCAUAUUUUAUCCGCGACCAAGAGACCCUCUCCUCAUUAAGCUAUGACUACUAUGCAAAAUACCAUUUAAAAGAAUCUUUAGCUGUUGACGAUUCACUGGAGGUUGGCUAUGAAGCAGAAGAGCCUGAAUCCUGUGCUGACCCUUCUGUGGCCAUUGAGAAAUAUGCCUCUGUAACCCCUCCAACAGAAAUUAUCGAUGAAUAUUGGAAUUCUCUAAUGGUAUUUUGGUUCCAUCCUAUCAAUAGAAAUCGCGGAUUACCUCUUCCUUCCCCGCUUCGACCCUCUCUAAUGACGUAA